AGUGUUUUGUAGGGAAUCGAGGGAAUAUGAUGGCUUAAUGGGACAAAACAGGAUAUUCUAACAAUUUUAUGAAAAUCUCGGAAGGUCAAGUUGCAAAAUUUUUGCGCCGCAGGCGAAAAUUUUUUGAAUUUCCGAUGGGCAAGAAGCAAAAAUGCAUCCUUUUUGCGCCAAAAAUUCAAAUUUUUGUCGAAAAUGACGUUCGAUAUUUUUUUCGAUUUUUUUAAUUUGGUCGGUCGAUUGUUUCGAUUUUUAAAAUUUUUCGGUCGAUAUUUUUUCGAUAAAUAUCGAAAAAUACCGAAUAUCGAAAAAUAUCGAAAAAGACAAAAUUUUCUCGGUCGAUAUUUUUUCGAUAAUAUCGAAAAAUAUAUAUCGAAAAAUACCGAAAAAUAUCGAAAAAAUAUCGUAUCGGUCCGGGCUCUAGUAAUGAGGAAAGGAUAUAAGAAAUUAAAAGUGCAACGAGAGAUAAUGGGAAAUGAAGAGAAUUUUGUCUAACUGAGGGAAUAAAGAAAAAUAAAAAAAUGCCAAAGGAAAAAAAUUUCUCGGAAAAAUUUUUUGGAAAGGGAAAGAGAUUUAAAAUGGAUUCAAACAGAGAAUAUCUCGAAAAGUAUAACUAAACAUUCAGGGAAGAAAACCUCACCCAAAGGACUCUCUCAGGUAAGGUAAGGGGUUCCACUGUCAUCCUUUCAAUUAGGGUGUAUUUAUGAUUUUAAAUUUUACAAAUUUUAUUUUAAUUUAACCAUCCAAAGCUUAGACGGAAGUGAGGCGUGAAAAUAAUAAUAAAAAUAUUUUUUCAACGUCUAAAAAGAAAAAAAGCUUUUUAGAAAAGAAUAAUAGGAGAGAAUAGAGGAAGAGUUUUGUCCUCUAAAAGAGAGAAAAUGAGGACAGAAUGACAUUUGUGUACCGACAUUUUUGAACACUCAUUAAAAGUUUUAUCUUAUAGCUUAUUGAGAUAUGGUGUGAUAAGUACAGUAGUUCAAAAUAUUACUGUAGAUCCAAGAAGCAAUGAACCCCCAAUUCCAACAAACAUUAGUUCUGUUUGCAACAAGGAUAUCACGGGUUGAGAAAAAAGUUGUGUCUGGGUCUGAAAAUUUUCUCGGGCCGGGGUUAGAGUCGAAAAAUGUCCGUGUUCCGAAUAAACCGUGACAUCCCUUGUUCGCAAAUGUCGUUAAGCAAAUGUCGGUUAACAAAACUAGGGGAUGAAUAGGGUGAGAAAGAGG